CCAAGCCCGUAGGACAACGUACAGAUUCAGAUCUACCACGGAAUGUUCUCCAUUUGUUUUAUCACUUCCUGGUCCAUUCAUCUAAUAAACUAAAUUCAAUUUAAAAAAAAAAAAAUCAAUUUUAGGCCAAAAUAAUUUUUUUUUAAAUUAAAUUUAAUCGGGCUUGAAAAUAUGAUUUCUUAAUUUGAACCAAUCCAAAUAGUUAGUAGAGCUAUGCGUGUAAGAGUCACAAAAGUGUGUGAAGUGUUUGCCCAUUUUUGGAUUACUACAGCUUGUCAAAUCUUCCAAGACGAUUACAGUAGCAUAUUUCCGGCUAUGAAUUGUUUGUGAAGCUUUUACCACUUGGAGUGAAACUAUUCUCAACCGAGUUUGUGCACCAACGUAACACAGGGGUUAUAAAAAAUAGUAGUAAGAGUUAAUCGUCAAUUACUUGUUUUGGUAGUAAAAUUCUGUUACUGUGUGACAUGAUGUCUGGAUAUAUAAGACUCUAUUUUUGUGUUCUUUUAAAAGUAUCAAUAUUGGUAAGACUUAUACAAGGACAAAUCCAACAGCCAGUAAGCAGCCUCCAAUCUUUCAGGCGCGUGUGUUACUUUACAAACUGGUCAUGUGACCUGCUGGUCAAGGAGGCUCACUUCUGCUUGCGUCACAUCGACACCCGCCUCUGCACACACAUCGUGUACGCCUUUGCUGGGAUCAACGUGACGUCACUUUCUCUGUUCCCGACUCGAAUAGAUGACGAAACAAGGGGAGAGAUCAAGGGUCGGUAUGUCUUGUUUAAUGAACUGAAGACGCACAACAAACGCCUCAAAACUUUACUCAGCGUGGGCGGCUCCUAUCAGACGGAGAUGUUUGUAAAAGUGGCCACCUCAGAAUCUGCCCGGAGCCAGUUCGCCUACAACAGCGCCUUCUACGUCAGAAAGUGGGGAUUCGAUGGCCUGGAUAUAGAUUGGGAAUACCCACAUGAGACUCACAAGGAAGCUUUAACAUCACUUAUUCAGGACUUGAAGUUAGCGUUCUUAGAGGAAGCAGAACUCACCGGAAGUCCCGAACUCUUGCUCUCAUUGGCCGCGCCUGCAAGUGAUGAGAAGGUGAAGGCUGGAUACCAAGUGAAUCAAAUCAGUCAACAUCUUGAUAUGAUCAAUCUCAUGGCGUAUGAUUUCUAUGGCGCAUGGGGGCGUAUAACAGGCUUCAACAGUCCAUUGUACCCGAGGGCGUCAGAUACAAGGAUAUCUCACAAGCAUUGUGUGGAAUGGUCAGUUAAUCUAUGGCUUCACCUUGGUGCUCCUGCUCACAAAAUCAACCUUGGGAUAGCAGCGUACGGACAAUCAUUUACGCUGGACACGAAGCGAGGGGAAGUAACGAGAUUAAACAUUUCAGCCACGGCUGAGAAGAAUUACCUCCCUGUGCUCGAGACAAACACCACGGAAGGGAACUCAGCUUUAAAGAAUAACAACUCCGAGCUUCAUUCUGCCAACAUGACCAAGGUCGGUCUGGACACACGUCAGGUGUUUGGGGUCGGUGCUAAAUCAACUGGUCCAGGGAGAUCUGGGCGCUUGCGGCAUUUCAAUGGGCAACUUUCAUACCCUGAGAUCUGUGAGAACUCGCUGUUUCACAACGGUCGGAUGUUCUGGGAUGAUGAGCAGCAGGUCCCUUACGUCACGUACGAUGACCAAUGGAUAGGCUUUGAUGACGUCAGAAGUGUGGCUGUCAAGGUCAAGUGGGCUGUCCGUCACAGGCUAGGCGGGAUCAUGUUCUGGUCUCUUGACCUCGAUGACUUCACCGGUGAGUACUGCGGUGAAAGCCGUUACCCGUUACUAACGGCGAUCCAUGAUACAGUGACCUGCUUAAUGGACAGUACCGAAAGCAACACAACCUCCAACGGAUCUCACGACAACUGCUCUGGACACUAUUGGGCAGAGAGAAAUGAUUCUGGCCACACCAAGAGCCUUUACCAGCACCUCAUGGCGCAGUCUCAAGACAACCAGGUGAACAGCGAACUGAAAAACGUCUCCUCAGUUUCCCAGUCCAGACCUCGCAAAGGAAAUACAACGCGUCAUGGCGGAUCGAGCACUGGCAGCAUCCUUCUGGACAAGCUAAGACCCAACUCCACAUUACAUCAUGAAGCUAGCCCGACUCACAGAGCUAACACCACCCUGGGACCAAAUAGUCAUAACAAAGGUCACGCAGGUACAGUGGUACAGCCUGGAACAAAACGACAGCCUCCCGAUGGUAAUGGGUCUCACCAUCGUAGAAAAAGCAGCAACGGGAACAAUGGGAACACCGGGAACAAGGACAUGGAUUCCAGUGAUAUUCCCGGGAACGAAAAAACGUCAAAAGAGUUGGAUUACUUUGCCGUUGUGGAUUCUGUGGGCAAUGAAGAUCUGGACCACGCUAAUGACUUCAACAACUACUAUUACUACAUCGCAUUCAAAGCAGACGCAACCGUCCAGCCAGGGGCAACCACUUCCUCGACACAUCAGCCAACCACAUCGAAAUCUACAUCGACGUCAGCGACGACUAAACCAACCACCCAGCGCUCAAUUACCAGCACCAAGAAGCACAGCCAUAAAGAAAAAUCGGGUAUUCCCGCACAUUUGCGCCGCAACCUUUCCAAGAAUGGCGCUACGAACAUUCAAAGUGCCUUUGUUCUUUUGUUGAUAUUUUUUUUCUUAUGAUAAGCAAAUUAAAAUGUUUCAAAAAGUUUUUGUUUAAAAUCUAAUAUAGUGCCGGCAGUUAUCCAAUUUGUCUUUAUGAGUCCCCUACAUUACAGUGAUGCCCAAAAUAUGGCCCGCGAUGUGGUUUCAUCCGGCCCGCCGAAACGUCGGUACAAAGUUUAGAAAAUCCCUCCUUUUUAAAAAAAAAAAAAUACGACAAUUUAUCUUAACCUAAGUUAGGGGUCUUACAGCCCUUACUUUAUCUCUAAUGGAUUGGUACCAUGACAUUUAAAAUUUGUAGAAUUAUGAAAUGGGAGAGCCGAAGAAACUAAAUGUGGACUCUGAAUUUAGAAUCUACCAGGAAAAAUGAAUCUUUACUUUUUUAUGGAACAUGCUAAUAAACCAACUUAUUUGUUUUGUAAAGUGUGGCUGUUAUAGAGCACAACAACCAUAAACGCAUAACAAAACAUUCUUAGUUUAAGCUGUAAAUUACAGAUUAUUUAACUACGCACAUAGUAAGGAAGUGAUUCUCACAAUCUAUUUUAGGCACAUUUAUCCUCCCUUUGUUUGCAUUUCGAUUUAUCAACUCCUGUUCAAGUUAUUUAAGCAAUAAAAUGAAGUAACAUAUAAAAAAAAAGAAAAUGGCAAACAAUAUUUAAAAAUAUGGAGUCGAUCUAAGAAAUCCUAAAGAAAAUCGUAAGAAAAUGAGGAAGACUUCAAGAUAUUCCACAAAUAGACAGACAAAUUCAACGAUGCCAAGGACGCCAUAUUAAAAAUAUCACUUUUUGCCAAGUAAAUUAUAAAAAAAAUUGUUUUUGCCAAGUAAAUUAUAAAAAAAUUGUCAUUGAAUUUAAGUCUGAAGAUUAAGGAUAAGCGGAGUAUUUCGCCUGAUUACGAAGACAUAUGUAAUGAAUAA